AUGAAGGCAAAACUGUUCAAAGACUCGUCUUUUCUCAUAGUUGAAUCGGCAUCGCUGUCGAUGGAAGAGGCCUAUCGACUACAGGAUGCUCUCAUUGAAAAUGGGUGUGAUCAGAACUCAAUUGUGGUUGAAAAACACGAUCUGACAGAUUCAAUCUUGAACUCAGGAACCAUCAUUGCAAACGACAUUGAUUUCGAAGGGUAUGACUUAGCGGAGAACAAACUGAUACCUGUUGUUACUAGCAAGUGGUGUUAUGAUUCUAUUCGUAAUGGCCGCCUGAAUACCUACAAACAAUACUCUCCCAACCCAGCACUCUUCUUCAAAGACGUUUUCUUGUGUAUAUCUGAUAUUCCUCCUGGGGACAAAGAGGCAGUCAUCAGUGGAGUCUUGGCUUUUGGUGGACAGUGCAUGGACGAACUAACCAAGUUUACAACCCAUUUAGUGACAACAGACAAUGAUGAUCCUAAAUGCACCGUCGCUAAUCACUACAAUUCUACUAUAAAUGCUAACAACGAAGAGGAGAUACCGAUUAAGAUCGUUUUACCGCACUGGAUCAAUGAUUGCCUAAGAUUAAAGAGACGGAUAGAUGAGUCUCCCUAUUUGUUUCCCAACCCGAGGUUUUUACAAUAUUCUGAGAUCAAUGAUUCGUCAUCUGUUCACCAUAUAGAGCAACGACUCAAUGACGAAGCGAAUAACAGGCUGAAGCUUCCAAGAACAAUAAGUGAUUUUAAAGAGUUUGGUAAUGAAUCUGAUGACUUUCUGGUUGGAAAAUGUUUCUUCUUCUACAACGAUUUGAACCUCUCAAGUUUUAUCCUUUCGACAAUUCAAGAAAUGAUCACUAACAACGGAGGAAAAAUUACAACCAAUAUUUCGGAGGCCAAUUGCGUAGUAUGCCAUUAUAGAAAGGGACCUGUUUAUAUUGAGGCUAGCACGAAGGAUAUACCAGUAGGCAAUUUGAAUUGGCUCUAUUGGAUGUUUUCGCAUCAUCAAUGGAUAUCUCCACUAGAGAAGCUGCUCCAUUACCCAUAUGUCUUUGGAAAGCUUCCAGGGUUCGAAAAAUUUGUAAUAAGCGUGACUAAUUUUACGGGUGAUGCUAGAUUGUAUGUUCAUCAACUGGUAACGUUAAUGGGCGGCGAAUUUACAAGAACAUUAUCCCAAAAAAACACGCAUUUAAUUGUGUCAAAACCGCAAGGAUUAAAAUAUGAGGUUGCGCGUACUUGGAAAGACAUCAAAUUGGUUAACCACCUUUGGUUAGAGGAAUGCUAUCGUAAUUGGAAAGUUCUCAAUGACAAAGAUCCUGUUUACGUGCAUUUCCCUAAAGAAACCAACUUGACACAAAUUCUAGGAAGUACAUCUUUGGAUAAAAAGGUGUUGAAGCAGUUUUAUGAAAAGAAAACAAAUAAACCCAAAAAGACAUCAGAACGAAAGACAAAGAAAGAGAAACUAUCUCAAACUCAGUCAAGUGAGAUCCGACAAGUAGAUAGUGCUCUCUCUGUAGCUCAGGAUGAAAUACAAACCGAGAUAUCACAAAACUCUUCGCCUGAUGGCAUUGAACGAAGUAAUCAGAGAGAAAGCCAACCAUCGAUUACGCAGGACAGCAUGACUUCGACCUUUUCGGACAGCAACAAAAAGUCACCUCGAGUUCAGAAAGAAGAUACCAAGAAACAAACAAUUGAGCCCAAACUGAAGGAAAAAAAUGGCGAGUCACAUAAGAAAAUACCACCAGUUAAGCGGCCCUUAUUGAACGUGACGCCAGAGAAAGAGAACUUUCAGCCUCAAGAUUCUGAAUUGUCGAAGGGAAGCUUCAACCACAAGUUAUCACCUGAAAACAACUCACAUAAUCAAGCUAUAUCAUCCCAACAAUCAAGAACAAGUAUCGUAACCGUCAAGUCACAUAGUGCCACUGAAUCUGGCAUUGCUAGCUCACCACCUGCACCAUCUGCUGCAAGGACUUCAUCACGAAAAGCGAAAUCCAAAGCCGCGGCGAAGCUUCACGACGAUAUGGAAGACUUGAAUUUAUUCCAGAAGCAAUCCAAGCGUAAGAACCUUAACUAUGAUGUUUCGGAUGGGGACCUGAAACGUGCCAAAAUUGUGCAAGAUAGCGCUGUCGUUGAAACAGAAGUAAUACUACCUUCGAAGUAUUCUUUACAUGCGAUUACAACUGGAUGUACAAUUACACUUUCGAAAGUUCACCUGAAAAAACUUUCCACAGUUGGAAUCAAGAUUGUAGAUAAUCCAUCAUCCAAAGUCAAUUGCAUUAUAAGUCCAAGCAUAAUGAGGACCGAGAAAUUCCUAAUAACACUAUCAAAGUCGCCAAACCUGUUACUUCAUGAGAGCUUCCUGUUGUCCGUGUUGCAGGCAAAACAGGAACAAGAUCUACCCGAACUGGAAGAGUACAGUAUAGGACAUCACAUUGAUUUCAAGAAUCCAAAAGUACGAGAGUUGUUUGUUGCCCCAGAACUGGGUAACGAGAAUAUCGUUAAAUUGGCCAGUGCUAGCAACGCGUCAAAGCUUUUUGACAGCUUCAAUUUCAACAUUUCAUCAUCGCUACCAGCUAAAAGUGUAGUGAUUUCUCGGAUAUUGGAGUCAUUUGGAGCCGCGGGAGUAAAGACCCUUUCGAGCAAGAAGCCGCUAACGGAGAAAGAUGUCAAAGGAUUGCUGAAGUCGUCAGAUAAUGCGUACUACAUAAUCUGUCUUUCCGAAGAUAAGAUACUACAGGAGAGCAUUUCCCAGGUCCUGACUAAACAAGAUGAAAACUAUAAGAUGGUAGAAUGGAAUUGGGUUAUCCGAUGCAUCUUCAACCUGCAAGUUUUAUUGAAGGAUGAGGACUAUAUUAUCACGGAAAGGAUGAAAUAG